AUGGUGACCGGAGGAAUAGACGAAAGUAGGCUGGAAUAUGAAAACGACCAGCAGCUUGAAGAGAGCGAAACGGAGGAUUGCGAAGCAUGCCCUGCCGGAACCCUCUCAUCAAAGUUUGAUCGAACGGAUACAUCGAUAAACACUAAUCCGCUUCCGAAUGGGAAAUAUACACUUAUCGGCAUCGACAUCGAUACGACUGGUCGUAGGUUAAUCGAUGAGAUUGUUCAGAUUUCCGCUUACACACCGGAGCAUCAGUACUCCCAGUACAUAAUGCCACUUAUGAAUCUAAAUCCGGCCGCUCGUCAGCGUCACCAGGUUCGUGUUAUAACGGUUGGAUUUUUCCGCAUGCUAAAGAGCAUGCAGACCUAUCGAGUGGUCAAAACAAAAACCGAAGUUUCAGCUUUGAAUGAGUUCAUUCUCUGGCUGGAGGAACGUCGCUCACAGGAUCCGGGAUCGGACGGCGUGGUGCUAAUCUAUCAUGAACAGCGCAAGUUUGUACCGUACAUGGUAAUCGAGGCAUUGAAGAAAUACAACCUGUUGGACCGGUUCGCUGCAACGGUUAAAUCUUUUGCUAACGGGUUCAAGCUGGCCGAAGAAAAGUGUAGCAAGACUAUCAAGUACUUCUCGAUUCGUCAGUUGGCCAAUCUGGUACUCGAUGCAGAUGAAGCAAAGGAUGGCUUCGAAGGGAAUGCUGCCUAUCGAGCUCGACUGGCUUACCAGCUUACGCGACGUCUAUCUAAAGACGACAGCAAGGUUCCAGCUGAAGAUGUAUGUCAUGCGAUGAUUUCGACAGAACAGUCUGAAGGACCCAAAGCAGUGAACGAUGCCGAACAGGAUGGUGAAUGCGCUGAUGCCGAUGCUACUGGAAUUAUUAAACGUGACGGAAGCGCUUCCAGUGAAGCGGACGGCAACCACAGUACGGAAGAUGAGAAUUUGCUCAACUCGACCGACGUGGAUGCUGUUACUGGACAUUUGAUAACCGUACCGGAGCCACAGCCCCGUUCACGUCCUACUACCGAGGCCGAAAGGGAACAUAUGUGUACUGUUUUAUGUGAACUUGCAUCGCCGAUCACGUGCGAGAUAUCUGAACUAGAUGAACAGGAGAAAAUUUUGUUACGUCAGAAUUCGCUUCGACCAGUGUUUCUCCAGUAUUUCAAGACAACUAUCUACCAUAGAGUAAAAGCAGUCACAUAUCGGCGUGUGUUAGCUGAAUAUGGACACGAUUUCGCAUCGUUGAUGCAGAUGUGGACCGACCAGAAACGUGAAGGUUUAGAGGAGGUAAUUUCUAAGAUCACGGAGCUGAAGGAAGAUGAGCGCAACGAGCUGAUAGAAUUGCUCGAUUGCCAUUUCGAUCCAGAAAAGCAACAACUGAAGCCAGUUGUAAAGCGUGUUCGCCAUCGGUCAUCCCGAGGCCGUUUGUUCUUCGCCAACAAGGAUGGCAAUGCAGCGAACACAAGUGGUGGAAAUUUCACCAACAAUAAUACCAUUAAUAAGGAAAACCGUAAACCGAUGGCUAGGCGCAAUAGCAACAACAAUAUUUCUAACAAUGUAAAUAGCAACGUUAACGACAAUAACAAUUCUAAUAAUAAGAACAUGGCCCAAGUGCCCAAUUCACCAAACGGAGGCAAAAAGCAACGCCAACAAAGGCGCCGGCGGAACAAUCCAAACAAACAGAACGGUCAAAACUUCAAUGAAUCGUCCAUGAUUCAGACCGGCGCCUAG